GGAAAAAAUAUGUCUCUCAGUUUUAAACUUUUCUGAUUGCCUUACUAUUUUCACCUUGGUAAUGAUAAUAAGUAAUGACAUUCUAAAGUCCUUCGAAUUGAAUCUUCCUGCUUACGCAUCUUUUGAAGCAAUUCCAAAAACAACCAAAAUACAUUUCAAGUUAUGUGAAAACCUGCUUUUCGUCCAAACAUCCAUACAUUUUAAUAAUACAUCUAACAACUUAUUUUCCACCUGAAAUGAUUCAUCGUGUUGAUUAUAAUAAUUAUUUUGUGUACACAAAUAUUCAACGGAUCCUGGAUAACAUGUGGCAUUUAAAUUCCAAGCAGGACAAAUUCAAAUCACUUUAUAUUUCCUGCUUAGUCGCAGCCCUGACCAUUCUCGUUCACGGAGUUGUGCAGUUUGAUUCGCGAAACUGUAGCAAAAACAUGGCUAAUAAAUCAACUUUUGCAUUUCUCCUGGUAGUCGUUUUGAUGUGUACGUGGAUGGUCGAAGAUGCGGGAGUGGCCAACUACGACGUCAAAUCUUUUGGGACAUUUGGGUCACCUAAUUCGUUCGGAGAACAUUUCUAACGACCAUUUUUCUACCAUGUUGCUACACUGAAUAUUUAUGACAAACUGUAGACUUAUUUUAUUAUAGUGCAUUUUUUUUAAA